AUGCCUGAUUAUGAGCCCGUUGGCCUUUGGGCUGCCGGCCAGGGAUGUCCAGGUUGUUUAGCGCAGCCGGACAAGUCGAAAGUAUAUCAGGGGACUUGGCAUGAUACUACCCACCAUGGAAACGAUACUGUUCCCAAGACUGUCUCCUUCAACUUCACGGGGACAGCUCUCUAUGUAUAUUGCAUCAUAGAUAAUCAGCCGGGUUAUACCACUUUAACGGCGCUGAACUUCACUCUCGAUGGAGACAACGCGGGGUGGUACGUGCACUACCCUAACUCCGCCGAGGGGUCCUUCGUCUACAGUGUGCCGGUUUAUUCCAAUAACUCGAUCCCCAAUGGCAACCAUAACUUCGUCAUGACGGCUGGAGGUCAGGUUGACUCUCUCGUGUUGUUUGACUUUGCAUCAUACACAUAUGAGGCCCUGACCGUACAACCAAAUGCGUCGUCUGCUGCGCCAGGCUCUACCACAUCCUCCUCAGGGUCCACUGCAUCGCCAACUUCGCCCAGUCGUGGAGGAUCCAAUAACCUGGCAGCUAUAGCAGGCGGCGCUGCAGGGGGGGUAGCGUUUCUAGCUUUCGUCGCCGGAGUAUUCAUCUUUCUGUGGAGGCGAAAGAAGCGGAGUCAUGACACGAACAGUUCGAAUGUCACUAUGGCUGCUUCAACCCAUUAUCCUCACCAACCAAGUUCUGCCAACUUACCGCCUUCAUCUUUCGAUACACAGCCAACCUACCGCAAUGGCGCAUGGACAUACCCAAGUAGCAUGUCUCUUACUUCGCCUGGAGCCCCGCGUAGCGCUCUCACGAGGACAACUGAGACAUCUUACUUCCCGCAGACGCCUCCUUCGAGGUCCACGACGAGGGCCACGAUGCGGGAAGCGCAUAUAAAGGAGCAGUUACGAGGGUACGAGCGGACUGUAGCUGCUCUGCGGCAGAGGGAGGGUUCAAUUUACACUUCGUCGACGCGCACCCGGAGCACCCGGAGUGCUGCCGCCCACGAGGAGAAUCGGCGCCUCAGGGAGGAGAUUGCAGCCAUGCAGAGGGAAAUGGAAAGGCUGAGGCGGGAGCAUAUUGACCUACUUUCGGAGAUCGACAGUGCCCCUCCACCUGAAUAUAACGAAUCACUACGUUAUGACAGGGAGCACGGGUUAAGAUAG